AUGAAAAGAGAAAAUAAUAAUUUAUCAAAAUCAACUAUUAACAUUUUAAAAAAAAAUAGUACUAUAGAAAAACAUGUCAACUUAAAAACCACUUCAAAAAUUCCAGUAUCAAAUAAAGAAAAGAUUCAAAUAAAAAAAAAAGAAAGCACACCUUUAAGUGAAAAAAAUAUUAUUAUAAUAAAAAAGAAUAAUUCAAAUUAUUCAGAAAAAAUAAAUACAUAUGAUGAAGAAAAAAGUAAUGAAAAGAUGUUUAAAUUAAAAAAAAAAAGUGAAGAAAUUGAUAUAAAUGGAAAUUCUGAAGAAAUGAAUAAUGAAAAUAACAAUAAUGAUAAUAAUGAAAUUGUUAAUGAUUAUAACAACGAUAAAGAUAUUUACAAUGAGGUGAAGAUUAAAAAAAUUAAGGAAAUUAACAAAAAUAAAGAAGACGUAAAAGAAAAAAUUGUCAGUGAUAAUGAUAAGUUAAAUGAAAAAAUAGAAAGUUAUGAAAAGAUAUAUAAAAUGGAAAAUUUAGUAGAAAAUUAUAAAAAUAAAAAUGAAAAUGAAUGUGAAAAGAAAGAAAAUGAAAAUAAUGAAGAAAUAAAAAGUGAAAAUGAAAGAAAAGAUAAAGAUGAAGAAGAUGAAGAAGAUGAAAAUGAAGAAAAAAAUGAAAAUGAAAAAAAAGAUGAAGAUGAAAAUAAUGAAGAAAUAAAAAGUGAAAGUGAAAAAAAAGAUAAAGAUGAAGAAGAUGAAGAAGAUGAAAAUGAAGAAAAAAAUGAAAAUGAAAAAAAAGACAAAGAUGAAGAUAAAAAUGAAUAUGAAGAAAAAAAUGAAAAGGAAAAAAAAAAAAAACAAAAAGACAAAUCAUAUGAAAAAGGUAGUAUAUAUCAAAGUAUAUUAAAAAAAUUGAGUUUGGAAAAAAAUGAAGAAUUAGAAAAUAGUCAUAUUAUAAUAUUUGGUAAUAAAGAUGUGGGAAAAUCUUCAUUAAUUCAAUCGUUACAACGUAUUUCUAUGAAUGGAGAUAUAAAUAAUGAAGAAUUAUAUCAGAUUAAAAGUCGAGUGUUACCAUUAGAUUACGCAUGUUUAAAUAUUAGAAAUCUAGAAGAAAACAAUAAAGUAAAAGAUAUAAAGGGAUAUAGCCAUAUAUGGGUAUUACAGCAUUCUUCUUAUAUUAGUUCAUUAAUUAAACACAUGAAAAAAUGUAAAAAUAUAAAAAAAAUAGUUAUAUUGAUAUGUACAGAUUUAUUUAAACCAUAUAAUAUUAUAUCUGAUUUAAAUAAUUGGAUAGAAUGUCUAUAUAUUUUAUUUGAAGAAUUACAUUCUUAUUACGAUUUAGAAGUAUUUAAUGAAUUAAAAGAAAAAUUAGAAAAUUAUAUAUAUAAUUAUAAAAAACACAUGUUUGAAAAAAAAAACAAAAAUAAAAAUGAUACUUAUGAUUUAGAUAAAAAGAGUUUAAUCAAAAUAAAUUUAGCAUUUCCAAUAUUUUUUAUUAUUUGUAAAUCAGAUGGUUAUGAAAUUUUAAACAAUAGAACGUAUCAAGGAUAUAUUGAUGUAAUAAUUUCAUAUUUACGAAAUUUAGCCAUAAAUUAUCAGGCCUCUAUUAUAUUUUGUAACACUAUAAAUAAAAAAGAACCAAAAAAUAUAGAUAUUUUAUAUAAAUAUAUAAUGCAUAGAAUUUAUAAUUUUUCUUUUAAUGAAAAUGCUAUAUUAGAUGACUACGAAAAAAUAUUCAUACCAUCAGGAUAUGAUGAUCAAGAAUUAAUAAAUGAAUCUAUUAAAAAUACUUUUGUUGAGAAUUUUAGCAAACCAUAUGACUCUAUCAUUAUUAAACCAAUUUCAAAUAAAAGUAUCGUUGAACAUAGUCAAAAUAUUGUUCAAGAUAUUUAUUUUAAUGAUUUUUUAGAAAGUUUAACAUAUGAUAUCACCACUAAUGAAAUAGAUGAUAAAAAAGAAGAUGACGAUGAGAAAAUAAAGAAUUCAGUUAUUUUUAAUGAAAAUAAUAAAAGUAAAGAAGAAGUUAAUCAGAAAAGUUUAAAUAAAGAAAAAAAUGAUCAAUCUUUGCAUAGUUUUUUUCAAAGUCUUUUAGCAAAAGGAAGAUCAAAAUCACCAAGUGCUCCAAAUAUAUCACCAUUACCUUUGGAGAAAAAAUUUUGA